GUGGAUUUGUUACAGACUUUACCGAUGGAUAAUACAAACCACAGGCAAAUCUACAGAGUAGCAGCCAGGGUAAAACCCUCUCCCGGGCGCUAUGGCCCAUUUGGAAAUAGCAGGGGCUUGGAGGGGAUCCUUUCCCGGGCUUCUCCUCAGUCGAUCGUGGCGGAGGACUGGAGGAGGGGGGAAGCCACGGCUGUUUCCAGCCCCACUGCAGGGCUUUGGCGCAGGCUUGGGGGGCUUGGAGCCUGCAGCUCCGAGGGGCAGGCGUGGGGUUUGUCUCCGCAGAGGGCGCUGUACGCAGCCAAGGGGACGCGCUAGCCUGACAGCCCGGCGGCAGCGGGCGCCGAGCCAGGCACAUGCCUGCGAUAUGCAGGGGGCUCGCCCAGCUGCGCGCUCCCAGCCCCCUCGAGCAGUCCCCCGGCCGCUCUGCCCGCAGCAGCAGCCCCGGGACCGCCGCUGAGCGGAGCCGGCCCUGCGCCUCGCCCGCCGCCCUCCCGCUCCCAAACUUUGCAAAGUCUGGCAGCUCCCCGUGGCCGGCCCGGCUUGCGGCGGCCGCGGCAGCCGAAGCAGCAGGCGGAGGAGGAGGCGGGGUGCGGGCCAGCCGCCGCCGCAACAUCAAAGCGCCUCGAUUCCUGCUGCCGUGGGAGCCAUGCGCCGCCGUCUGUAAUGUCAGCGGAACAGGAGAAGGAUCCCAUCGCGCUGAAGAGAUCCCGAGGUGGUGACAGUGGAUUGGAUGGGUUAGGAGGACCAGGAGUACAACUUGGAAGCCCAGAUAAGAAAAAGCGCAAGUCAAAUACACAGGGAUCUUCCUUUCCUCCUCCAUCUGAAUAUGCUCCACCGCCGAAUCCAAGCUCAGACCACCUUGUAGCGGCUAAUCCAUUUGAUGAUAACUAUAAUACUGUCUCCUAUAAACCUCUACCUUCAGGAAGUCCUUAUUUUAACCAUCCUGGUUACCCUGGUUUUGGAGGUUAUAACACUUUCAGAAUGCCACCUCACAUGCUGCCCAGAAUGUCCUCACCAUAUGGUGGUUCUUACACCCUCAGAAACCAGCCACACCCACUUCCUCAGAACCCUGUGGGAAUGGGUUUUAAUCGACCUCAUGCUUUCAACUUUGGUCCGCAUGAUAACACAGGUUUUGGAAAUCAGCCAUCUUAUAACAGUGGUCAAAUGAGUCAAAAUGUCAAUAUGCCCAGUCAACACUUCAGACCAAAUCCUGGUGAGAACUUUGGUCACAUUCCUCCACAAAAUACUAGUCAAAUACCACACCCUGACAUGACAUCUAACUUUGGAACUGCAAGCAAUCCACAUUUUAAUUCCCAGUUAGAUUCAAACCAUUCUUUUGUUCCACCACCCAACACCUACAACCAGACAAAACCAUCAGCACAAAAGCAAGACUUCAGUCAAGGUGCAAGCAAAACUUCCAACCAGAACACUGCUACACAUCAGCAUCACCACAGAACAGAUGACAUCGUGAACCAAGGUAGUGCUGACUUAAAAAAUGUUAAUCGAAACACUGUAGUAAAUCAAGAGAGCAACCAUUCUCAUAAUGCAGAUAACACUAACAGUAGUCAUGCUAAUGGGACUCAGAGCAAGCCCCGUCAGCCUAGAGUUACAGCUGAAGGCUGCAACUCUGAAAAGAGCAGCAAAACAUCUCUCCACCUCAGUCGUCAUGGUCAUUCAUCCUCUGAGCCAGUCUAUCCAUGUGGAAUUUGUACACAUGAAGUUAAUGAUGACCAGGAUGCCAUCUUGUGUGAAGCUUCUUGUCAAAAAUGGUUUCAUCGGAUCUGUACGGGCAUGACUGAGUCUGCUUAUGGCCUCCUCACUGCAGAAGCAUCAGCAGUAUGGGGCUGUGAUACUUGCAUGGCUGAAAAGGAUGUCCAGUUGAUGCGUACUAGGGAGACUGCAGGGCCACCUGCAUUGAAUAGUGAUGGAUAAUGACAUCCACUGAUGCAGUAUUGAAAUACAUACUACAGAGGUAUUGCUCUUAAUGGUAUACUUCAUUUUCUAUAGACAAUCAAGGUUGUGUGUUUUUUUUGUUUGUUUGGUUGGUUUUUUGCUUUUAGUCUAUCUUCACUCAUGAAAUUCCAUCUGUUUAUGUGAGUAUUUAAACUUUGAUCAGAAACAGACAAUGUUUGAAGAUCCAAAAUAUGUCUGGUAUUUGUUUCAUCACAAGCAAGUUUUGCAUUAAAAAAUGAAUUACUGGAAUUAUUGAUGUCAGAACAUCUGCCUCGAUGAAUACAGGCUGCCAGUUAGUGCUGAGCCUUGAUGGUACUAUAUAUUGGAAGCAUUCAUUAUUGUUAUGUUUUAUGAAUGUCCAUUACUGUUUUGCUCAUGUCAGUGCUAUCUGUCCUGUGGGUAGGAGAAAAGGUGGAGGAGGUGACAUGGAAAAAGAGGAGUUCUAAUGAAUUUUAUUUUAAGAUGAGCACUAAGGAUUUUAAUUUUUUUUCUUAUUCUGCAUCUGAAACAAUUAAUCAACCUUGCAUUUGAUUGUUUUAGUAUUUGUGAUGUUUACACUUCAAAAUACAGUGCCUCCUGACUUCUCAGCAAAUAUUUAAUAGCCAAGAAUUCUAGUGAAAUCUUACGUUACUAAAAAUUCAGUAUUUUUACAACAUAUAUCAUAGCAUUACAUUUAAAAACACUAAAAUAACAUCAAGGUUGCAAAGUCAAGCAUUCAAAAGUUAGGGAAGGCCAGAAUUAGGCCCUUUCUGUGCAUAUACAGUAGGAUAUAGUCUUUAAUUUUACAUGAUCACAUGCCUCCUCUUAGGUGCCAGGGCACCAGCUGGCAGAGCGUUGACAGCACAAGAGAGACCGUCUCCCUGCUCUAAUAUUUACUGAGCUUGUGUGAACUGUGAUUUUUUUCAGUGUCUUGUAAUUUGGCCAACUUGGGUGAAUUUUUAUAAGGCUUGGAAAAGUUGUGAUCCACCUGCCAAACUUCAAGUCCAAAAUCAACUUCCAAAGUAUGGAAGUGCUAGAGCCUCUCAAUUUAAAUAAUUCUAAGAUAUAUUUUAACAUGGGCAACACAGCAUAUUUUCCCUAAACUUGUUCUUGGAAACAGCUAAACUGUUGAAUUUUCUCGACACCCGGCAUGAAAAUUCAACCCAAACGGUUAAAAUUUGGCAAAGUUAUAAGCAACUGAAAAUGAGGUUUUAUAAUGAAAGGUGUUGGGCAGCCUUAUAAUAGGUAGUGCUACUAGAUCUGUCUAUUAUAUUUACCCUUAUGCAAAUGAGUUAUAAUAAUCAUUAAAACCAAACCACACUUGUCAAACAUGAUAGAUGCUAGUCAUGUUGCUUAAUGUACUACCUGAAGGCGCUCAGAUACUGUGGUGAUAAGGAUGGUAUAAGAACCUAAAUAGAAUAGAAACAUAAAGGUCACUUUGUGAUGCAUCAUCAUUCUUUUAAUUCAUUUUGAUUGUUUACUAAUUGAGUAGUUUACAAGGUUCCCCCACUGAGUGUGAAUUUGUGAGGUUCUAUUGUAACUGUGCUUCUAAACAUGACUUGGAGAUGUGCUGUCCUUUUGGUGUAUGUGUGUAGCUCCCCAUUAAUGUUAUAGGUUAUGUAUGAGCAUAAAGGGCUACGUACGGCUUGCUUACAUUAUUAAAGGACCUUCUACAGUAUCUGGAGAAUGAUGCCCAGAGGUGGUGGUACUUUCUCACACCUUUUACAUCGCCUCACUGGGAAUAUCCUAGAGGUGUAAAGGCAAAUUUGGGCCUGUGUUUUCAAUAUUACUAGCUCAAUACAAAGGCUAACCUUCAGUUUUGCUAUUUUUCUUACUGGUUUGAUGACUUACAGUAGUAAUCUCUGCUAAAGUAAUGUCUUCAAGAAUUUUACCUGUGGCUUACUGGUUUAAUUCUAAUUUGUUUGUAGUAUUGAUGUAGAAAUUAAAACCAAAACCUUGUUCAGGUAGCAUAGGUUCCUAUGCGCCAGAUUCUGAUCUCUGUUGCACCAGUGCAAAUUGUGAAGCUUUUGAAGUUACCCCAGAUUUACACUGAUGUAACAGAAAUCAGAAUUCUGCUCAGCGACUAAGAAAUCCACCAGAGGCUAAGGGGCGAUGCUUUCUUUGCUAGUUUGUGAUGAUGUGAGUUCUUCUAGAUUCCUAAUACAAAUAAAAAUACAAAGGAGUCAGAUACUGUGUUUAAAAUCACCAUAGAAUUUCCUGCACCUCCCCUCCCUACCAAUUCCAGUAUUUCAGAGUAGACAUAUGCUUUCUACAUUUGUUAGAAAAAUAUUUCCAUAUGAAUGUAACCAAAUGUACUAAUUGGUUAGCAUGUGGGGGUGGGCAUGGGGUGAAAACCUGUGAGUUUCCACCCAAAUGUUUAGUCCUACAAAUAAAAGGCAUUAGCAAAUGCUAUCAAAGUACCAAAAUUAAACAGCUAUCAUAGCAUUGAUAUUGAUGUGGUCUCAGUAUUUCUGAACUCUAUUUACAGAGAGCAGAUGCAUUUGUUUUUAGAGUGUGUUAGCUAAAGCUAAUAGUAUUUCAAGUAUGUAUGAGAAAAAGAACAAUCAUGUAUAUUAGUAGGGUAGUAGGAAUGUCACCUGCUUAAAAUUAGAACCAUGCUAGUUAUGGGAUUAGGAGGGUUAGUUAGUAUACCUGAUUUUUGUAAUACUCUACAUGAAACAAUUUGUAUUGAGCUAUCAUGUAAUUCUUUCAAUGUUAGUGUUUUAGGUUGUACUGGUGCUUCACACCAAAAUAUUGUAAGGAUUUUGUAAAUCUGCAAACCUGGAGUUUUAUGGAGGAAGUGGAUCAAACCCAUCUCCUUUAUAAAAAGGCUCAGAAUGCUGCUUCAUAGAAUGACUUCUCAGUAGUGUGGCUUCCCAAGUUUUUUAAUUUUUAAUCCCAGAUGAAAUAAAUAAUUGGAAAAUUAAUUGGUCGGUAACACUGACAAACUUAUUUUGCCUUAGACCAGUGGUUCUCCUGAUCCCAAAGUGGAUCGCAACUGUGUUUUAAUGGGGUUGACAGGGCUGCUGUUAGACUUGCUGGGGUCCAGGGCUGAAGCCAAAGCCCGAGACCCACUGCCGGGGGCCGAAGCUAAAACCCGAGGGCUUCAGGCCUGGGUGGCGAGGCUCAGGUUACAGGCCCUCUGCCUGGGGCUGCAGCCCUUGAGCUUCAGCUUUGGUCCCCCCGCCCAGGGUGAUGGAGCUCAAGCAGGCUCAGGCUUCGGUCCCCCCUCCUGGAGUCGCAUAGUAAUUUUUGUUGUCAAAAGGGGGUCACGUGCAAUGAAGUUUGAGAACUUCUGCCUUAGACCAUUUUAAAUGUGCAAAUAUUUUAUGUACUGGUUUAAUAUUCUAAUAUUGUGUUGUAAUUAGUGUUGGGAUAAGAGGCACUGCUGUCUAUGAAUUAGAGAGAUAUGGGUGUCAAAAAUCCCAUCUUUUGUUCCUGGCUCUUUUUCUGAUUAUCUUUGUAACCUUAGACAAAUCAGUUAACUACCUGUGCCUCAAUUUACUUAUCUGUAUGAUGGGAUUAAUACUGACUUCACAGGGUGCUGAGAGGCUUAAUAUUUGAAAUCUUCAGAUGAGAGACACUGUAGAAGUGCCAAGUAUUAUAACAUAUUUAGUGUUUGCUCUAUUAAAAACAAAAGUAUAAUUUUCAGGGCUGCUCAAUAAGAUACUUUGCUAUCUGUAUAAAUUUCCGCUUAUGCCCCAAUCCUGCAAACACUCUUACACAUAUACUUAAUUUUAAGCAGGUGAAUAGUCCUAAUGAAGUCAGUGAAAUGAUGUGCAUGAAGUUAAGAAAAAUUCAGAGUGCUUGCAGGAUUGGGGCCUUCAUUUGGACUUCAUAAUUAGAUAUUCUUAAAUGUAUUUCUUGGUUUGAGAUGUUUACAAAAUCAGUGGUGUUGAAAUUUAGCACCUUUUUACAUUUUCUUUAUUCCAACUUAAUAGAAAUUAUUAAUAACUUCUGCAUAAAAUAACUACUUCUCAUUUAUAUAUAAUAUUGCCUGCCUAAAAGUAUCUGUGACAUUUUAUAAAAAGGUCAUGCUUCUUAUGUUGUAUGUGACUUAAAUGACUGUUUCAUAUUAAAACUAGUCUUUCCUUAUGUACUGCUUACAUAUACCUGUUUUGGGAUAUCAGUUCAGUACUUUUAUACAAUCUUGAAUGUGUUCCACAUUGGUGACAUGUAUUUUUGCAACAACUUUUUUGUUUUGAUUAUAAAUUAAAGCAUGUCUGAAGUAAUACAUGCAUUAGUUCUGUGGUGUGUGGCAAAGUUAAUGUAUGUAAUUCAAAUUGGAAGAAAAGUGUCCAGACUUUGUCCAACAUUAACCCUAUUGCAAGGGAUUAAAUUACUAUGUAAUACAAAUUAUUUCAUAUCAUGAUGUGUUUUAAACUACUCUAUGAAGUAUGUGAAACAUUACACUUUAUGAAUUGGUAGCUGGCCUGGUGUCCUUGCAUAGAAUGAGAUAUGGUAGAUGGUAGCAAUUCAUAACUAAUACAGUGAAUACUUUUCAAAACACAUGGCAUUUAUGUACAAUGUGCCUGAUCUUUAAAUUUGUUGCUAUGUUUUUGCUUAGUAAGAGUUUCACAGUAUAUCACUAACAAAUGAAUGCACAUUUGAUUGCAUAUAACAAGUGUGACAAUCCCAUUACAUCACUUUCUAUGUGGUUUAAAAAUAAUUUCAUUGAUUUAUUUCUCUUUUGGACACGGAUAUGAAAAUGCAGGAUAUUGUAGACAUCAAUGUAUUUUAAAUUUAUUCUUGUAGUGGUCAGUUGCCAAUUUUUGUUUGAGGAUUUGCUAUAUUAGAAUACUUUCUUCUUUAAAGCCAGAGUGAAUUAAAUGUACUGAAAAGCAGAACUCUAAAACAAUAUAACUACCAUGCACUACAUUUGGCGUAUGAGUCUUCUCUCAUUUGCAUUGAACUAGUAUACUUUCUCAGAGGCUCAUGUUUUAUAUAAAAAUAAAGGUUCAAUUUCAGGCUCUAAGUGCUUUUAGGGCCGGAGCCGA